GCGCAACAGCAGCUGAAUGAAGUUCAGUGGAUUUGAUAAUGUUUUACGGCCCGGAGGAUACGCAUUAAAGUCUUUCCUUACAUCGCCAAUAAAUGGAGCCUAUUCCAAGCGUGUGGAUAAUUGUGACUCCGUGACUUUCGGGUUAAUAUUUGCAACCCGAGUUUGAAUUGUGCUGCGUAGACGAAGUUAAGGGUUUGUUUUUUUUUUUGCACGCGCGCGCAGGUAUACUUAGGCACCGGGGAAAUGUUUGAACAUUUCAUCAUGAUAAGUGCUGCUAUUAACUAAUUUCUCCACUUUCAUACGUCAGCAAAAUAUAGACCCGUGAUUCCUGUGGCUUGUUUGUGGAUCAUGCAUGAGUGUUGACUCAAAUCUACGGGACUGUAUUGACUGCAUGUCAUUAGAUGGGGUCUGUAGAGUUUAAUAAGCAGCAGGGUCAGUGGGAUGUCGGUCAGACUAGAGAACAUUUAAUGCAAAUGCAAUCCCUGUAAACUCGGUUUAUGGAUAGAGCUGCUUCGGAAAUGUCGGCGAUAUCAGCGUCUGAGAAAGUGGACGGAUUCACUCGGAAAUCGGUGAGGAAGGCUCAGAGACAGAGGAUUUGUCAGGGCUCGUCUCAGUUUGCGGCGAACAGCAGCAUCAGGCCUGCGGCUCCGGAGAUUUCUGCUCUGCCGCAACUCAAAGAUGCAUCCUCCACAGAGCAGCAUGAGCUGUUCGUGCAGAAACUACAGCAGUGCUGUAUAAUGUUUGACUUCUUGGACUCAGUCACUGACUUAAAGAGCAAAGAGAUCAAACGAGCCACACUCUGCGAACUCGUGGAUUAUGUGUCAACCAACAGAGGCGUGCUGGUGGAGCCUGUCUAUCCUGAGAUCACCAACAUGGUUAGCACAAAUGUAUUCAGAGCGCUUCCACCCAGUGAAAACCCAGACUUUGACCCAGAAGAAGAUGAACCCACUCUAGAAGCCUCCUGGCCCCACAUACAGUUGGUCUAUGAGUUUUUCCUUAGAUUCAUAGAAAACCCAGACUUUCAACCAAGCACUGCCAAACGUUAUAUUGACCAGAAGUUUGUGCUACAGCUUUUGGAACUGUUUGACAGUGAAGAUCCUCGUGAGAGAGAGUUCUUAAAAACGAUUCUGCAUCGCAUCUAUGGGAAAUUUCUGGGUUUGCGUGCCUUUAUUCGGAAACAGAUCAACAACAUUUUUCUGAGAUUCAUCUAUGAAACUGAGCACUUUAAUGGAGUUGCAGAAUUUUUAGAGAUUCUGGGCAGUAUCAUCAAUGGCUUUGCUCUGCCACUAAAAGCUGAACACAAGCAGUUCCUGAUAAAGAUUCUCAUUCCUCUGCACACUGCCAAAGGACUAGCACUGUUCCAUGCACAGCUGGCGUACUGUGUGGUUCAGUUUAUAGAAAAGGAUCCCACCCUCACUGAGGCGGUGAUUCGUGGUCUUCUUAAAUUUUGGCCCAAGACAUACAGUCAGAAAGAGGUCAUGUUUCUUGGUGAAAUUGAAGAGAUCCUGGACGUUAUUGAACCCACCCAGUUCAAGAAGAUCCAGGAGCCCUUAUUUCAACAAAUCUCUAAAUGUGUAGCCAGUCCCCAUUUUCAGGUAGCAGAACGAGCACUGUACUACUGGAACAACGAAUACAUUUUGAGUCUAAUUGAAGAGAAUAAUGCCAAAAUCCUGCCCAUCAUGUUUGGAAGCUUGUACCGGAUCUCCAAAGAACACUGGAACCCGACGAUCGUGGCCCUGGUGUACAAUGUAUUAAAAACAUUGAUGGAGAUGAACAGCAAACUGUUUGAUGAACUGACGGCCUCAUACAAAUCCGAAAGACAACGAGUGAGGAAGAAAGAGCAGGAACGAGAGGAACUGUGGAGGAAGCUGGAUGAACUGAGACUGCAAGAGACAUCAAAGAUCCAGAAUAACAGACAUGAGAUCCAGUUUACCUUCAACAAGAACAAUAACAACAACCUACAUAAGGAUGAAAACACUUCAGUAGCCAUUACUGACAGUGUUGAGAGCGCCACCUGGGCCAAAUGACACGGGCCUGUUUAUGUUUUCACUACCCAUUAUUUUGCUGGUUUACAGAUGUAAACUGCUGUCCAGAGCAGUAAGGAAAUGGACCUUGUGGGAGAAGUAAUCUUUAUAUUUUUUAGUGAGAACAUUUAAAAAAAAAAAAAAAAAAUCCCCAAAAACUAAAUCAAAAUGCUAUUUUCUUUUGGAAAAGGAUAAUAUAUUUUGUGUAUGUAUGUGUAUUUUUUAAGUUAAAGUGUGGGUAUAGUAAACUUCCAAACACUUUUGUCUAAUCAGAGACUUACACCUCUUAUUAGGGACAGUGGGCACAACUAAGGUCCUUUAAAUUAAUAUUCCGGGUUCAAUACAAGUUAAGCUCAAUCGACAGCGUUUGUGGCAUAAUGUUGAUCACCACAAAAAUUUAGACUCUUCUCCCCUUUUCUUUAAAAAAAGCAAAAAUCAAGGUUCAAGUGAGGCACUUACAAUGGAAGUGAAUGGGGGCCAAUUUUUUAACAUUAAGAUACUCACAGUUUCAAACGUUUAGCCACAAGACGUAAACAAUAUGCAUGUAAAAAUGAUUUUAGUGUGAUAAAAUCACUUUUCUGUGUGAAGUUAUAGGCAAUUUUACAACUGUUACCAUGACAAUGAAAUGUCAACAAACCCUAAAACCCUCAAACGACUGUAAAAAUGACAAUUUAAGCAAAUUUACAGCUCAAAUAAUACAUGAGUUUUAACAUAAGUAUUAAUGUUAGUACUUUUAUAAAAUGAUAAGCUUCACAUUUCUGCCUUUAAACCCUCCAAAAAUUGGCCCCAUUCACUUCCAUUGUAAGUGCCUCCCUGUUCACAGAUUUUUGCUUUUUUUUUUUUAAGAAAAGGAGGGACGAGUCCAAAUUAAUUUUUGUGCUAAUCAACAUUAUCCACAAAUGCUGUCGAUUGAGCUUAACUUGUUCCGAACCCGGAAUAUUCCGUUAAUGUAAAGCCUUCUUAUUGGGCCCAGUGAUAGUAAGCAGGCUAUAUUUAGAUUAAUAUUUAGCCAUGACAUGAACUUGAAAUAUUGUUAAUGAGUUCUAUAAUGGUGCAAGUCUCAAAAAACACCAAAGGGGCCGAUCACACUGAACGUGUUAUUGUGUUAAUCUGCUGUUUUUAAUUAAACAUGCGCUAGACAGACGUCUUAGUCUGUUGUGUCACGUCUUGCUGUUUUAUCAGCACCUCGUGCAGGAGUGUUGUGUUUUUAAGAAGCUGUGUGUCAAGCUAAAAACUUUUAAAAAUGUGUUUGGGACACCUGCAUUCUGUUCAUAAAUUGCACUGCGUCUAGCUUUGUGUUUUUUAAUUUUUUUAUUUUAUUUAACAUAAUGCAUUCAUUCUGUACGGCCCCUAACAUGAUUAAAAACCAUGCACAUGUUUAUUGAUGCCUAUAGUUGACAUGAUAUGUACAUUAUUGUGUAAUUUGACCACUUCCUGGAAGUGUCAAAUUUCAGCCUUAGAAAUGCUCCCAGAAAGUAAAAUUCCUGCUAUUUUAAGGAAGCACAAAUGUAUAGUGGACCUGUCCAGAUGUGUGAUGGUUCUGUUUCAUUGUAGUCCAAGCAGAAUCUGCCAGAUGCACAAAAGCUGCGUUCUGAUAAAACUGAUAUUGAGUUUUUUGUUGUUUGUUUGUUUUUUGCAAGAUGUAACUUGCUAGUUACAUUUGUGUUGAAAUGAAAAUUACUGCCAUCAUAAGGUUAGUAUUUGCAUCAUAAAUGCAACAUUUUAAAUACAGAGUUUUAUUAGAAACCCAUUGCUUUCUGGAUCACUUUGGCUCCACUGUCUAUACGUUUUACAGUACUGGUAAGGACUAAUUCUUUAGUGUUACAAAACUCAGGGAUAACCUAAUGUUCACCAACCACAAUAAAAGUGAUGGCAAAGAGUUUUUUAACUGCUCAAAUAGAUCAUUCCUAAUAUUUUAAAGUUGUGUUUACCUAUAGAUAAACAACUGUAGAUGAAACUACUUGACAUUCCAUUCAACAUUCAGGCAGUUUUUGUUUUGCUUCAACAAAAAAUAAUUACAAAAUCGUUCAUCGCUAUGCAGUUAUUAUAAGUUCUUGUAUUAAGAAAUAUUUUGUUUUGCUGAAAAGAAGUGUUUUUGUGUGUGUGUGUGUGUGUGUGUAAAAGAACCUUGUUGUAAUGUAAUAUGCAUUAAAAUGCCCGACUGAUUAUAUUUUUUAUUGUGAAUCUUUUCUGUUCUGUUCAGGCUUAAUUGCCACAGUGAAAUGUUAUUUACAGUAUAUAGGGUACAACGGGGCUCCUUUGAUUUGAUUUUCUCCCAAAACACUAAAUAGCAUCACAAACUACCACAGGACUUUUCUAAACACCUGUUUGACACUAUGAACUGCAAAAUGUUCCUGUUCUAUGAGAUCGUUGCAUGUAAUGUCUAAAGGUUGAUUUUGAGGCAAUUUGAGCUAAUAUUUAAUCGUUUUUUUAAAUAUUGCAAAUUUAUG